AGUUACUUAUUAAAUUCAGCUUUCAAACUUAGAAACUAUUUUUUGGCUAAUUAAAUCUUAAGACAAACUAUCAAUAAUAAGCAAACAUGGGAAGCACUGAAAUAUUGACAAUGAGCGCUGAACGCUUUGGCAAAAUAAUCUCCACCACAUAUGUUAUGAGCACCGAUUCCAUGUUCGCGGCUGACAAGGCGUGUCCUUGUGAAGAGUUCAAGGACGAAUGCCCACGUAACGUAUUAAGCUUGCCGGAGACGACGCUGGAGUUGGACAUAGACGACAUUGCGGACAGUUUGAUGCAGGUGAUGCGCAUCUGCGGACUGAAGCCCUGGGAGGUGAAGCGCACCAAGGAGAUCAUUAAGCACAGCUUUCGGCAUUACAGCGAACUGCGCUUUAGAAUAGACCGCGUGCCCAGCAAGCGCUUUGCCAAGGAGCACUUCAUGCACGAUCUGGCCGUCAAGGCGGGCAUGAGCCGCAUGGAUGCGCAGCUGGUGUUCGGCAUAGUGAAGCGCGCCUUCAGAGCUUAUUAUCAUGCCACAGGCGAGGGCGGCAGACGUCUCUUGAGCAUUGCCACGCAGAUGCGGCAUCGUUCCGAGUGCGUCUGGCGACAUGCGGCGCGCAAAACAGCGGAGAUCUACGCUGUCUAUAGAGGUUUGCUCUACUCGGAGCAGCUGCAGUAUCAGGCCUGCAUCGAGUGCGUCUACAAGGAUUUGUACAGUACGCUGCAGUCGCGUUUGGCCUACGACGAUCCCGAACCUUGCUGCGAAUGCGCCAGGCCCAGAUCCAAUGUCGACAUAGCCAAGCUCAAGUCUGUGUCCACAGUAACCACAACGGAGAUCUUCUUCAACCAGCAGCCGCUGGCCAUGAGUCGCGCCGAGUCGAACAUUUCCAUACAUCUGAACUACAAGCAGAUGAAAGUAAAUCUGGACCGCACAAUUAGCCGCAAUGUGCGUGAGUACAAAGCGUCUGUGAAUUCGAUGCGCUCCAUUGCCUCCAAGAAUUCCAUACGCGUUUGCGACUGCCGUCCGCUGCUCUGCACUCGUAAUCCCAUCAAGCAGCGCCCGGCGCCCGAGAUUAGCGCCGAGUGCAGUCAGGGGCCGUACACUUGUCGCUGGCUGCCCUACGAUGAGGAGGAUGAGCCCAAGCAUCGUGUGCCCUGUCCGCCCAUGGAAGUCAUCUGCGUGCCUUGCGAGCACGAGGGCAUUGUCUGCGCCGAGGACUGCACCUGCACCUGUCGCGUCUGCACCUGCGCGCCCAUUGUCAGUCACGAGGAGGAGCAUUUGGGCGAGAAACUCUCCCAAGCGGGUGUGGAAGAUCACGAUACGGACUAUUGCUGGCUGGCGCCGUUCCGCGAUUGGCCACUAGGCGAGCCACGUUACCUCAAGGAGCCCAGCGUGGUGUAUGAGGGCGAGGAGGAGAUGGGCGAGGAAUUGUCCGAGGAGCCCUUCGAGCCCUAUGUCUGCACCUGCACCUGCAAGUACAAGCAGCGCGCCAAGCCGCAUCUCUUCACCUACCUCAUGCCCUUCCGCACUCCACCGCGACAGUCAUCCGAUCCAGAAACGCCAGCGCCACCUCCACCAGAGCCCAGAGUGCCACCUUGUGGCAUCUCCAUAGCCGCAUACCGCUGCUGGACUGAGCCCACGCCCGAGGAGGAGGAGGAGAGCAGCGAUCAGCCCAAGCCUGUGCUGCUUAUGAGCGAACCUCAGGGCAAAGUGGGCGACAUCCAUGUGGAUGUUACAGUUAAGCGUCAACUUGGCUCAAUGCAAGCUAAAGCGCCGCCGCUAACUCAGGCAAAGAACAAACCUGUCAAGGACAACAUUGCGCCUCUCAAACUGAAUAUGGGCAGAGAGUCCAAGGCGGUCAAGCCUGUAGUGGCCACGCCAGCGGGGGUCAAGACUGCACCACCGCCUGCAGCUCAGCCAACGCCUCAGACAACGCCUCAGCCAGCGAAACCAGCAACGCCAGCAGCAGCUGCUCCAGCGCCGCCAGCGGAUGAUAACUUAACCAAGGAAGAUAUAUUGGAUAUAAUUGGCUUGAGGUUCAAGUAAUCAAAUGUGUAUUUGUGCCGCUCGAAAUUGAUGAAUUAACUAUUAAAAAAAAUAUGUUACGGA